AUGAACUGGUUAAGAUUCCGCGAAAGUGUGUCUCUUGUUGUCUGCACCGAGACCUUCCAGCCUCACGUCACCCUGGCGGAGAAUGGCCUCGAUUCAGGGCACGAGAGCUUCAGCAUUUCAGGACCCAUGGCGAACCUGCUGCAGAUGCUCGCCACGUCCCUGAAUUUUACGUACACCCUCACCCGGCCUCCUGACGGGGCGUGGGGGGCGCGGGCGGGGGACGGGUCGUGGUCUGGCAUGGUGGGCGUCGUGGCCAGGAGGGAGGCCGACCUCGCCCUCGGCCCCUUCGGCCUGAGCGAGAGUCGCGCCCAAGUGGUCGACUUCACCACGCCCGUCAUCAUCGACUACGCCCGCAUCCUGGCUCGUCGCGGGCGGCCCGAAGUCAACCCUUGGGGCUUCGCGUUCCCCCUGGCGCCGGAAGUGUGGGCGUACACUGUGGUGGGCGGGGCGCUAGUGCUGGCCGUCCUCUUCCUGCUCUCCCGCUGCUUCAGGAGAAUGACCAGGGCGGAUGCCACGUUGUCCGCCGACGUAUACUUCGAUUACCUAAGGGCGUUUCUCCAGCAGGACAGACGCAAGGCCUUCCCCUGGUGGUGGGAGAGGCUGGUCUUCGCCGCCUGGCUCGUCGUGACCCUGCUCCUGACGCGCAGCUACAGCGGGAACCUCAUGUCCCUGCUGGCGGUGCGCCACGUCCCGCUCCCCUUCCAGGCCCUCAGGAGCCUCAUCGACGACCCGGGGACCGUCAUGGUGUGGGAAGCCAACACGGCGUACGUGCAGUUCCUGAGGGCGACGACCUCCGGGCAGUUCCGAGAGGUGGCGGACCUGGAGGGCGUCGGGAGGAUCGCCUUCAGGAGGAGCACCGAAUUCACUGACACCGUAGAUACGCUGAUCCGCUCCGGCACCCACGCCCUCAUCGCGGAGGACCUCACCACCAGGAUCCUGAUGGGGGAGGACUUCUCGAGGACAGGUAGAUGUGACUUCUACGCCUCCCGUGAAGUCUUCCUCCCCUUCAUAUUCGCAAUGAUUGGCCAGAAGAACAGCCCUCUCAUCGCUGCCAUCAAUGAAAGGAUCAAGGCUGUCACGGAAUCCGGCCUCUACGCCCACUGGCUGCAGCUGGCCAUCCCCAACUCCACAGCCUGCGCUCAGGCGCCUACGAAAAUCACGGUUAACUCCUCUCUGAGCCUCUUCAACAUUUGGGGCAUGUUCAUGGUAUUGUUCAUCGGCCUGUUCAUCGCUGCAGUAGUUUUCUUCGUAGAACUGUUCAUGCUGUCACACUUCCAACAAAGCGAGGCGCCAAGAAUCCUUAUUAUUUAG